AUGACUUCUACUCAAGUGAAUGGCAAUACCAUUAGAACCCGCGUUCUUCCAAUUACUACGUCUGAAGUUGGUCAAUUCAGUGGCCGAGAAACCCUCGAGACAUGGGAACUCUCUAAGGAUCUCUCCGCCUUGCAGCCUAUCGCGGAAGCCGCCGAGUACCUGAAGACAAAAAGCAUACCUGUAGCUUUUCCCACAGAAACUGUAUAUGGACUAGGCGCGGAUGCUACGAGAAGUGAUGCAGUCAAAGGAAUAUACAAGACAAAAGGACGGCCGUCUGACAACCCACUCAUCAUACAUGUUUGCGAUCUUACUAUGCUACGCAGUCUCUUAUCAUCGACUGAGAACCAGAGCUCAGGUGCGGAUUUUCCAGAGAUCCCAGAGAUCUACAAGCCACUGAUCAAAUGUUUUUGGCCUGGUCCUUUAACCAUCCUGUUACCAAAUCCAUCUCCAAGCAAACUCGCUCCAGAAGUGACGGCAGGUCUACAAACAUUUGGCGCACGCAUGCCGAGUUCUCCUCUUGCGCUAUCAUUAAUACGCCUGGCUGGUGUUCCCCUGGCCGCUCCAUCUGCGAAUGCCUCGACCAAACCUUCAUGCACAACAGCCGAGCAUGUGUACCAUGAUCUCAAUGGCAGAAUUGAAAUCAUACUCGAUGGUGGGGCAUGCCAAGUUGGAGUUGAAAGCACAGUCGUAGAUGGAAUGUGCGACCCUCCUGUUGUACUUAGACCUGGCGGUGUGAGUAUUGACGAGAUUCGAGGGUGCCAUGGAUGGGAAAGGGUGGUGAAAGGCUAUAAAGACCAAAGUGAAAUUGGAGACAAGGCGCCUAGAGCACCAGGAAUGAAGUAUAAACAUUACAGCCCCAAGGCAAAGGUUAUAUUAUGCGAGAACGGGCGCCGCAUUGAACCUCUUUUCGGAGACGAAGCAUUCUCAAUAGUGACGGCACGAGCUGAAAAGACGGAACAGGUUGAACACGAAUCAGACGAUAAGCCAGCCAGAGUUGGUAUAAUUUCUACCAAGCAUUGGGAAUUCCGUGCUACAUGUCAAACUGCCGACUAUGAUAUUCAAAUAACUGAGGGGGACAGAGAAACUAUCGACAUAGCAGGGGUCUUGCACUCAAACAAAUUCAUGCUUUACACAACAAAGCAUAAGCCUUGGAUUAAAGAUCUAGGUGAUCAACCGACAGGCUGGCAUGUGGCGGACUGUCUAAAAAUUGCUCUUGGCAGUGAAGUUAAAGAUAUCGCCCAUGGUCUUUUUUCUGCCCUGCGCGAGUUAGAUCAAAAAGGUUGCGACGUCAUCUUUGUAGAAGGAAUCAAAGACGAGGGGAAUAUCGCAGCAGCAGUCAUGAACAGGCUUCGAAAAGCAGCUACAGUGAUCGAAAAAUAG